AAAAAGAUUGCUACAAUUAAAAUUCUGAUUGCAUAACAUUAUAGAAGAGGUUUAUAGCUUUCCAAUGAUACCCAACAAGUGAUAUUUUUGUUUAUUUACAUGUGAGAAAAGCGCGUGCAAAUUAGCGAAAAUUUGUCAGGGUUUUGAGUUGGAAUAUUAUUGACGAUUAAUUCUCCCUGCCCGAUCCAUUAUCAUUUACAACAAACCACCAUAUUUAAAACUCGCACUGUUUGUUUGCCGACAAUCCUUUGUCUAGUUUUGUCGUGAAUUAGGGUGAAAAUUAACAAAAUUAAGGCAGAAGGAAGUUAAAGACUUACAGUAUGGUGCAGUAAAGGAGUUCUGUUUUGCUCAGAAUAAGAAAGACAUUAUUUUGUCAACAUGGAUAAGGGUGAGAAAGAUGAUCCUGGAAGCCCAACAAGGAAUAAUUUGUUUGAAAAUGCAGCUGCUAAUCUCUUGGGUGUGUCUCCUUUUGGACUUCCAUAUGCUGCUCAUCUUGCCCACAUUCCUGGUGCAUUUCUGAUGGGACAUCCAGCAUUUCCAGUCACUUCACUGUUUGAUGGCUUAAUGGGCCAUUAUCCAUCCUCAUUGGUGACAUCUUCAGGAACUCUGAGUACCAUAUUAGCAGCACCACCAUUAAAUCUGGACCUGGCUUGCAAUGGCCUUCCUUUGAGUAUUACAAUCCCCACUCCUACUGCAACUAUCAGUACUGUGCAGGAUGGCACAUGUAAGGGUUGUACUGUUGAUGUUGUCCAAAACUUAGCUUGAUGUAUCAAUUUUUGGAAACUGUUUUGCAAAUGUCAUUUUUUAAGAUAUAUGGAGAUAUACUUGAAAUUUUGCAGAUUUUUACAAGAGAAUACCAGUAUGCAGUCAUCAUGAAACAAAUAACCAAACUGUCUUGUUCAUAGUUUCAUGACUAACUUGCAUACAUAAAUCACAAGUACUGCAUAAUAUUUAUAAAAAAAAUUGAUUCAUCAAUUCUCAUAAUUGUGUGCAGAACUUUUUUUUGAUUAAAGCAUAUGUUAGUUAUGAGCUUUAAAAGUGCAUGGUUGUUUAUUUGCUAUCAUGGAAUAAAUGUAUUGUAAAUAGUGCUUUACUGUUUGCUUAAAUGUUACUGAUUUUUUAUUUUUAUCAAAAUAUUUGUUUGAAGUGACAAGUUCAGAAAUGUUUCAAAUAUUUUUAGGCAUGUGCUAGACCUUUUUCAGCUUAUAACUCCAGUUUGAUGUUAUUAUGAGUCAACAUGUUUUCUUUUUGCUCCUAUGUAUUUCUAAUACAUUUGUAAUUUCAAUAGACAACUUUCGAGUUUGAUGCAUUUCCAUCAAAAACUCUGGUUUUAGUGAACGUCAUUUGUGCGUUUAUGGGCAUCGUCACUUCAAUUCCAAUGUUGAGCGAGUGGUUGAAAAACUAUAAUGCUAUAUUGUACGAAUUAUUUGGCAAAUUGUAUUCUCAAAAUUGACAAUCAGCACUGCUGUCAUUAGGGAAUUGUCAUUAAGUACCUACAGAACAACCAUAAUUUCUAGUUUAUCCUGCACAAUGACGAUCACUAAGACGCUU